GGCACAUCAGACGUGCCUUUUGCGAUCGUUGGGUACCGGCGAACAGUAAUGUACGUAGAACACCUACCUUAAAAUGGGGACUUUAAAGACUAUAACAGAUAUUAGUCAUUAUGAUCUGUUUCGCGUACUCGACAUUAUAAAGACAAAUUGCGAAAUACAGAAUAGCAAUGAAUCUUUGGACACCAUCAAGUAUGCUGACAUCUUUAACUUUGCUGCCACCUGCAGGAUAUUUCGACGAAUCGUUUGGGACUGGUCGAUAGAAAUGUACAACCGCUUGGAAAUCGAUCUGCUGCAUGCGCUUACCCAUAAAAGGUUAACCGUCAAGUUUAUUGAGAUUCACAAAACUCUUAAGAGAGCCACAAAGCUAAAGAGAGACCAGUACAUGGACAUUUAUAUUAAGGCCAUGAUGGGGAAUCCCCUGCUAAAAACCAUCGAGCUGAGUUAUAAUACUCAAGAAUAUAACAAAGAACACGAGAGUAUAUUCGAUGAAAUUAUAAUGGGACUGCAGGGCAAAGCUUUGCGCAUAGUUUUGGAUCCAGGGCGAAUUCCAAAAUUCAAGGAGAUAAUUGUGGAUAUUGCAGAUCAUCAAAUAAGCAAUCUCGGGGUAUUUCGCAAUAUUUCAAAACUGACCAUAACAGCUUCCUUGGAGAUGUGCGACCUAGUGGAAUUUUGCAUUAACAAUCCCUCACUGGUAACCUUGGAAGUUAAUGUAAAUCGGUUUUCCGACCAGGGAAAGCUCACUCAAAUCGUUCGUCAUUGUCCCAACUUAAAGCAAUUGAAAUUUCUGCUGAAUGAUAAUGAAAGGGAUAAUGGUUAUGUCGGGCUGGCACUUUUAGAUAAGCUACAGCAUUUGGAAAUUGGGAAACUCCCAAUGCCGAAGGAAUUACAGUUUCAGCUGCCUGAUGAUGAUGAAAAUAUGGAGGAAAACGAAUUGCAUUGCCAUAAGUCCCAGCAAUUAGAAAUGGAUGAGGAGUUUAGAUCUAAACGACCCAAGAUGGACUGCGAGUACGAACCUCUAAUCGAAGGAGUCUCAACUUUAGAACAAUCCAUUCCCAUCUUGCAGCUUCUCAGAGCUUUUAGCGAAAAGAAAAGAUCGAAAUUAAUUCGACUGUGUCUGAAGUUCGAUAUUGAUGACGAGAUGGUUCAGAUUAUUGCGAAAAUCAAAGGUCUGAGAAUGUUGGAGUGCGGGUUUUGCGAUCCCAAAAGCAUUAGGCACCUAGUACAGCACCCAACACUCAACCGAUUGAGCAUACUCAAUAAAGGUCAUCUAGUUACGGAUGAUAUCGCAGAUUUACUUAGAAAACAAGUAACCGUCUCAAGUCAUGAUGCAAAAAUGUUAUUAUCUGCCCGGGGUUACCUAGGUAUUUGUACGAGAAAUAAUAGUUAUGCGGAAAUUUACCGGUCUGUUAACUUUGAACCUUUUGCGAAACUGGAAAACCUUAAGGUUAUCGGAAUGCCUAAUGAAAUGAUUGUGUCAAUGGAGUCGACGCUGUAUCGGUUUUUGGAGCUCGGUGUCCAGAUCAAGAGUGAUGCAUGCGAUAUUUCCUUUGAUCCCCAAAAGAGAGAGCUUAAAAUGCUUUACAGUAUGGACUACGGAGAUAAAGAACUGCCAACUCCGUUGGUCAGAAAUCUGCGCUCCUUUAAAGUUUUAUCCAUAAAUAUACCAACUUCUCAUCUUUUCCACAAUUUGUCCACAAUCAACUUAGGAACGAUAGAUGAGGUUUAUAUAGGAACACCCUUAACAAUCUUUGAAAUAUCCAAAGAAGUAUACCUCAGUAAGACCGUUGUUGAAGCUUUGGUCACUUUAAGGUGUUUGAGGAAAAUCUCAUGUGGGUUUCAGAAGUUAAUUUACAUUCAGCCUCUGGCCCAGUUGAAAGAUCUGGAGGAUGUGGAGGUUUUAUCAGAGCACCACCCCAAGGAUGUUCACUUUCCAAGGUGUCUAGAACCACUUCUGAAGAACUGUCGCAAGCUGAACUCGUUUCACAUUAAAGUGCCCGUCAACGGGAUAACCAAGAAGUUUUUAACUGGCCUUCAGUAUGCGGUUCUGAAAAGCCGAGAUCCCGAGAAACACCAGGACUUAGAUAUUUGCCUAUGCUUGAAAUGCCAACAAUAUGAUACCCCAGAUGAGAUGGUAACUGCGAAACAGAUCAAACUUACAACAAAACCAUUUAAGCUCAUGAGGCUGACAGCUAAAUACGUAGAGAACCAACAUUUGCUUGAUUGAACAAAUAUAGAAAAUUAAGGGACACGCUUAAAAUAAAUCAUUUUAAAUUCCUUUACAUAGCCAUGCAAGUGCCAUAAAUUUCCUUAAGAACCAACUUGCACCGGCCACAACGACAAUUAAAUAAAUUCAAUUUGCACCUGCCGACAACAUUAUUGGAUUGCAACUCAUACAGAUGGAAUUAAAUAAAUUAAACACAUACAAUCGCAGACAUUUUCAUGUCGCACCGGAAAAAGACAAGUAUUUACUUUACAAGUAAGUUUGCAUUUUGAUUAAAUUCAACAAGCUUGUCGCUUGCUGGAAAUAAUUUGUACUUCUUACUUGCAGGUGGGCUGCACUUUCCAUCCGCCCACCCGAAUGACAGGUGUUUAUUUUCGGGAAAUGCAAUUGAGCGGAAUUGCAUGAUGCUGGCAUUUUGUCAGCUGGGCUGCGGCUUAAGUAAUAAUUAAAUAAUGACACUUGGGAAAUCGAGGGCUGGUGAGGUGGGAAUUCGCCUAAAAUCAAAUGAAAUGAGCAAGUGGCGAAUGGAAAUGGUAAAAUAUUUGUUGAAUUUUAGGGUUUUUGGGCCCGUGAUUGGCAAGGUUUUGCAAUUGCAAUUUUUAAGCCAGCUACAAAUUGGAAUUGGCGUUUAAUAGUCAACAGCUGGCACUUGGCAUUGUGUGUGCGUGGGCUGCGGUGUUGAAAGUGCCUGGGGCAUUCUCGAAUGCAAUGCAAAUUGCGUAUACGCAGUGUGUGAUGCGAGUGGCAGUGUGCAAACUAAGCAUCGAGCAGCACAGCCUCUGUUUUAUUUACGCACUGAAAACUCGUUGAAAACACACAGCCCGAGAGCCAUCGCUGGAAAGAGACAAUGAAUGUUAAAUUAUUUAGGCCGAGUGCAUUAGUGGCCGAGUCCUGUCCUCCUGUCCUCCUGUCACAAGGACACAAGGACAGACCUAGGGACGCACUGGCAUAAUUUGUCAGCUGUCGGGCAAUUUUGUGUGAGACUGCUGCUAAUUAAAUAUGCCGACAUAUAGACAGUGCCAGCAAAUCGGCAAAGUAGUUGAGUGCCAUGCAAAUAGCCAAUCCAGACACAACUUGGCCAAUCGGAUCGAAUGGGAAGCCAAUCCCCAGACCCGGCCAAUGCAAACAAUGGCCCAGAAAACACAAAGAACUUUCCAAUCAGCCGGCUCACUUCAGACCACUCUUAAUCAGAGAAUGUCAACGGAUGCAACGGGCACUCAUCUGUGAAACCAGAUUCUUGUGGCUUCUUCGUUUGCGAUUAAUUCAGUUCUGGCAUUAAAUAUACACGUAUUUAUCUUAAUUCCAUUCUCAUUAGCCGUAUACUUCACUUUCCAUUUGGCUUUUCUCAAAAUGUUCCCAACCUUCCGUUGACGGAAGAGAUAAAUCCUUUUAUGCCUUUCUUGCCUCGUAAGUCAGGCCAACUGAUAUUUAAAUUGGUAACCGAAACCCGGUCAUACAUCGCAUUCUCAUCUCCGGCCCGGAUAAUCUUUAUUGUUUCACAGUUCAGUGACACAAAUUUGCAAUUGCAAUUGAAUGAAUUCUCACAUUUCGGGUGCGGGUUUUCCAUUCACACACAGCGAUAAGAGUGGCGGGCAAAAAAUUGCUCGAAUAUAUUUAUAUUGAUGCAAAAAGUGCAGUAAGGGGGCCGACAUGCAUAUAAAGCCCAAGCCGUGGCCUAUAAAAAGUAUUCAAAUAUAUCUGCUUUUGCGGCUCGCUCUCGAAAGCCAGAUGUGCAUUUAUUUUAAUCAAGGCUACCGAGGUCAAUGCAUUGUGUGAUAUUUAUUUAAGGCAUACGUCGAAAGUUUAUUAAAAUACAUUAUACAAAAGAGCAGCGCUAAUUAUGUAUUUAAUGUAAAAAAAUAUCAUCCCUCAAGCCGGGCAUAAAUAUUUGUGCACUUAAUUACAAAAUGCAUUGCGAAGAAUUAUGAACUCGCAUUUAUCGGCUCGCUGACUUUGGGCGUCAAUUCAUCCGUUAAAGUCGGCAAGUGAACUUUAUUUGGUUUUAAUUAUUUAUAUUUUUUAAAGCGAAAAUAUGGAGAAAAACGAAUAAGAGGACUGAUAAUGCGGAGAAUUUGUCCCAUUUUUUGAGACAUUAUUAUUUUAGCUCACAUGAGAGGGUUUUUGUGCAUAGACUUUGUGCUGAUUAAAACACACAGAAGGCUUAAAAGUAUGUUACAAUCAAUUUAAUAUAAGUAUAAGUCUAUGGUGGUUAUCCAUGAGCUUAGCAGCGAUAAAUAUUUGAUUUUGUACUUAAAAUUUCUUGGAAAUACAUGUGAAAUUUGCAUUACCUCUUGAGGAAUUCUGUAUUAUAUCUUCCCUGGCGACUGUUCAUCUAUUACAGAGAACCCUUCUGGCCAGAUUCAAUUAAGCCGUUCGCUCUGGUUCCGAUUGGCCCGUUACCCGUCCUGCCAAUUAUGUGCCUUUCUGUGCAACCAAUUAGCCAUUUCGUGCGGGUCUCGGGGGUGUGGGCCCCAUCAAAUACACCUGAAACUGUGUCUGAAACUUCAAACCGCCACUUUGAGCGAGUGGAGGGCCUCUGGCAGUAAAGCAAUUAUUCGGGGUCCCAGAAGGAUGCCUCGUGUCAAUUAAUUGGAUUAUUUAUGUGUAUUUUGCUGGCAACAAAACGCAAUCACUUUGCACGCGUAUGACAAAAUCUCAGAUGCCGGAAAAUUCGCAGACGCAAGUCUGUCACAUAAAUUUCAGAUUUUGGUCCCUGACAUUAAUCCGGGCAAUGUUGGUAAUUUAAAAGCAUUCGAGUAUUAAUUUUUUCCCUCUCGAAGUAGGUCAAUUAAUCGUAGAACAGCUGUUAAAUGCAUCGAUGGACACGGCCAUUGAGUUAAUGAGAGACAAACAUUAAUUUAUUUUUUGCUGUUCGCAGUCAUUAAUGUUCAAAUAUGUGCAGUAUAUGCAAUGACUUUUUAAGUACCAAAGCUGUUUUUAGCUUGAAAAGGCUUUCUAAAUUAAUACAAAUGAAAAUGAAAUAAAUAGGAUGGUAAUUAAAGCCGCAAAAAAGUACACAUUACCAUUUAAAAAACUAAUUUAAAUAAUUGGUGUUUUUA